AUGCACCUUGCUGCGCUUUUAUGCGAGCAACGACGAAAUCAAGGGACAAGGCUCGGGCCUAUUGUGAUUGGACACGAUCUCUCGACUGUCGACCUCCUACGACGGUCACUGGCGCAUGGCAUUGGCCCUAUUCAAGAUGAGCCACUGUUGACCGGUUUUGUCGACAUUGCGGGGCACACGCGAUUAUUCGUAGCCGUUAACGCGAAACUUGCUUCUCAUCCAACCGAAGCAGCAGUGAUAAGACUCGCAGGUUCCAAUGUGCAACGUCCAGCGGCAAUGGCUAAACAGGGGAAGAAUCAUGGCAAUAAUUUCCUUCGUGAAAAGAAGCAGCUGUAG